AGCCAGCGCCCGCCCGGAGGAGGCCGCGGACGGAGGGAGCCGCCGGGGGGCGCGGGAGCGGGCGCGAGAGGACCGGCGUCGGGCCCGUGCCGGCGCCAUGAGGCUGCUGCUCGCCCUGCUGCUCCUGCGCCUGGCGGCCGGCUCGGCCCCGCCCGACGACGACAAGGUCCCCAGCCUGUGCUCGGGGCACCCCGGCCUCCCCGGCUCCCCGGGCCACCACGGCGCCCAGGGCCUGCCCGGCCGCGACGGCAGGGACGGCAGGGACGGCGCGCCCGGGGCGCCCGGAGAGAAAGGCGAGGGCGGGCAGCCGGGACUGCCGGGGCCCCGCGGGGAGCCCGGGCCGCGCGGAGAGGCGGGCACGGCGGGGCCCGCGGGGGAGUGCGCGGUGCCCCCGCGCUCCGCCUUCAGCGCCAAGCGCGCGGAGAGCCGGGAGCCGCCGGCGCCGGACGCGCCGCUGCCCUUCGAGCGGGUGCUGCUGAACGAGCAGGGCCACUACGACGCGGCCUCGGGCAAGUUCACCUGCCGCGUGCCCGGCGUCUACUACUUCGCCGUCCACGCCACCGUCUACCGCGCCAGCCUGCACUUCGACCUGGUCAAGAACGGCGAGUCCGUGGCCUCCUUCUUCCAGGUCUUCGGGGGGUGGCCCAAGCCCGCCUCGCUGUCGGGCGGCGCCAUGGUGAGGCUGGAGCCCGAGGACCAGGUGUGGGUGCAGGUCGGGGUGGGCGAUUACGUGGGCAUCUACGCCAGCGUCAAGACGGACAGCACCUUCUCCGGGUUCCUGGUGUAUUCCGACUGGCACGGCUCCCCUGUCUUCGCCUGAGGUCCGCGGGCGCUGCGCCUGCCGCUCUCCUCCCGGGGCGGUGUGACCCGGUCCUCCGGGAGGGCUGGCCCAGAACUGUGAAUGGUGAGGGGCGCCCUGGGGCGGGGACGGGCUGAGUCAGGGCCCAAGACCCAGGGCUGUGCCGGCAGGCGGGGUCCUCCGGCUCAGACCCCCCAGGUCAGGGGCUCUCUCCCUGGGACUCUGCUUCUCUCCGUCUCCCCUUGCCCCUUCCGCUCCUGGGCCCUUUCCGUGGAGGCCAUUCAAUAAACCUACAAACCCUC